AUGCUAGUUAAUGAAAAGGCGAAAAUAAUAAAUGAUAUACUCGAAAAUUCAUCCUAUGAUUUGGAAAUGAUGAAUAAUGUUCCUGAAUUUUUGAGCAUACAAUCUAGUAUAUCUGAGGAGUUUGGAAAAACAAAUAAUUCAACCUCUAGAAGGAAAAAUCAACCGUGUUCAACUAUUAAUCUAUCUAGAAUAAUUAACUCAAAAACAUCCAUUCAAGAAAAUAAAAAUAUUGUUUCUCAAGCAUCCAAAAUUACAAAUAAAGAGUAUUUAGUCGAGCAUGAGCAACCAAUAAUUGAAGGCUGGCUACACAAAUGGACCAAUGUUGUAAACACCUGGAAACCAAGAUAUUUUAGAUUAUACCCUGGAGUUUUAUGUUACAUAAAAGGUUCAAAAAUCAGGAAAAUUAACAUCCCAAACAAAUCUUGUUAUAUUGAUAUAUAUUCAAGCAAAUGUAACCGAAUUUCACUUAGGUACCCAAAUGAUUCAAAUAAUGACUUACAUUUGAAGACUUGUUCACUUGAAUCAAAACUUGUUUGGAUAAAUUCUUUGAUUUACUCGAUGAACACAAAAUUAAUUGAGAAAAAGUUGUUUUUUAACCAAAUAAAUUCCAGUAAUUCCUCUGUUUCAUAUAAGGAUUCACUAAAUAAUGCCAACAUUCCAUUUCUAACAAAUUUACUAUACGAACUAAUAAAAACAAGAAAUUUAGUUUUAGACGAACUUUCUGAAAAGAAAGUUAAGUCUAGUAAAAAUAAAAUUUCAAAGUAUUUUGACAAAUUAAUUGAUACAGUUUUCGAGAAAACAUGCAAUAUAAAUUUAGUAAAAUUUCAUGAAAGUGAUAUUUAUUCAUCGCUAUUCAGUUUGAUAAAUGCAGAAGAAAAUUUUGGAAAAAUUAAUAAUAAAAAGAAUAAUGAUUUCCUUAACUUUGAAUCUACGGAGGAAAUAUUUCACGACGCUUUUUCUGAUUUUGAAAACGAUGUUGAGUCCAACCAAAUUUUGAAUACUUCUCAUUUAAUUCCAGCUAGGAAUGAUUGUUCUUGCUGUUUUUGGAGAAAAAAUCCGUACAAAUAUCGUGUGGCAUUGCCUUUCAUGCAACAAAAACCACGUUUCAAUCUAUGGGCGUCCAUUAAAGAAUCUAUAACUAAGGAUAUUUCACGCAUAACCAUUCCAAUUCAGUUCAAUGAGCCAACAUCAUUAUUACAAAGGCUUGCAGAAGAUUUCAGGUACUCGUCAAUAUUAGAGAACGCGUCUCUUUACAGCUCAAGUAUUGAUCGUCUUCGAGAAAUAACAAUAUUUUCUAUUACUCCUUAUGUAUCGUCAAUUGGGAGGAUAUUUAAACCAUUUAACCCGUUACUUGGCGAAACUUUCGAACUUUCUCAUCGUGGCUUUAGGUUCAUUGCAGAACAAGUAGGCCAUCAUCCACCAACUACCGCAUUUUAUGUUGAACACCAUCCAAUGAACGUUAAUAAUGAAGUUCCGAAAAUUGGUCAUAACAUUAAUCCUUUGUAUUCUGCUUGGGGCCAAGUUGGAAAUAAAUCUCGUUUUACGGGCCAAAGUCUAGAGCUCACUGUUUUAGGAAACGUUAAUAUAGUGUUGAAUGAGAAGGGUGACUAUUACACAUUCAAUAGGCCAAAAUUACUCAUUCAUAAUGUGAUAUUUGGUAAACUUUGGAUAGAAAUUGUGGGAAUUAGCGCAAUCAUAAAUCGAAAAACUUCGGAAUUUUCAUUGAUAGAAUAUCAGAAGGGCGGAUGGUUUAGUAAUGAUUUGUUCAAUAUUAAAGGAUUCGUUUUUGACAAGUAUGGCAACCCAAUUUAUAAAAUUGGGGGGAAAUGGGACAGUAAGAUUUGGUAUGAAUCUUGUAAAUUUGAUUAUAAGGAAAAUUUUUCUAUUAAAUCAAAUUUGGAUUUAGAGAAGAUAAAUAAGCAAAAAGAAAAUUAUAAAUUUUGUGGAGAAUCAGCUGAAACAUGUUCUUAUACAAUCCCUACAAGUUCCCUGUACUUAUUAUCUAUUUGGGACAAAAUUGAAUCCAUUCCUUCAAGUCGUAAGAUAGCAUGGAUCGCCGAAACUAAACCUUUCCAAAGCGAAAAAUACUUUGGAUUUGCUGAAAUGACGUUUGAACUCAAUGAAAUUUCACCACAAUACGACAUUAACACGCCCGGAGUGACUAUGCCAUGUACAGACUCUAGGUACAGACCUGACCAAAGAGCAUAUGAAAAUGGGCAUAUUGAGUGGGCUGUUAAAGAGAAAAGAAGACUCGAGGAGAAACAAAGAGCAAGCGCAAAAAAAAGAUUAAAUGGGGAAGCCGACUAUUGCCCAAAAUGGUUCUUUAAAGAAUUUGAUGAUUCAACAGGAAGAUUUAAUUGGAAAUUUAAUCACAAAUAUUGGAUUCAUAGGGAUCAAAAAAUAGAAUUCACAGAUUUACCAAAUAUAUUUUGA